ACUGUUGAUUUAGAAGGCCAUGCGAAUAAUGCUUGCAAUUUACGUAGUGUAUUAGUUAAAUUGACGUGAAGAAUUAAUAAGGGUUAAAAUAAUAUUUUGAAUAGAAUUUUCAAAACUAGAAAACACCAGCUAAGGAAUUCUAUUUGUUCUACCACAACACUAAAUAUUAUUUAUAGGUACCAAUCUGGGAAUGUAGGCGGACUUGUAAAUUGGCGCUGGUAUCUAACAUGGGGUCGAUUGUGUUAAGAAGUUUAUCUGUGUUAUUGGGGAUAUUUUUUAUAUUUGUGGGUAUAAUGAAAAUAACAUCAUUACUCAGUAAGGAUCUUCAUAAAGAUUUGAGGAAGGAAUAUGUUAAAUAUGCUAAAGUGUUUCCAUUUACUGAAAUGUUGGAUUUUAAAAUACCUUCUAAAUGGUACCGUCGAGUUGUUGGCUCUCUAGAAAUCAUUUGUGGUUUGGCUAUGGCUUUUAUUCCAAGCAAUUCAAUAAAACAAGGGGCAAAUAUUGUUCUACUCUUAAUGAUGAUGAUGGCUGUGUAUUCACAUUACAUGGUUAAUGAUAAAUUUGAGAGAACUGCUCCAGCCCUGGUAUUUUUCUUCAUGUUGACGGGAAGACUAGUCAUUGAUUGGCAGCUACGGCGAAAAGCAACAGCAGAAGUACAGGCUGUAAAUGGAGAAAAGAAAUCAAAUUGAGCAUCUUUUUAUAUUUAAAAAAGCCACUUUUGCUUUAUUAUGAGUUGUUUUAAAAUGAACCAAAGUGAGAGCCAAAUCAAGGAAUGUGUCACAAUACCAUGGUCCCAUAAACUCUAUCUUUCUUUUACAUCAGGAGUAUACUCUUACUAUAGUAACCACCCAAAAAGAAUGUAUGUAAGCACAAACUUCAUUGAUAAAGAUUGAAAUGGCACCUGCCUAAAAACUAGAUCUUCCUUAAUGCAUAGUUCAUUAACUUUUGUCUAACCAUGCAAGGAAAGAGGUGUGUUGAAUCAAUGAUAUGACUCCUUACUUAAUUUUCUAUGAAGAUCCAAUACUUCAUUUAUAAAGAAUUUAAGAUGUCUCCUGAGAUACUCACUUUCUCUGCAGCUCUGAAUGAUGAAAGUCCAAGCUGUACAACCACAUUCUUCAAAUGUAUAAUAAAAAUUUCAAGUAGCAUUCUUUGAGGUUACAUAUUUUAUACCUAAGAUAGAUUAGUAAUUUAAAAAUUAAGACCAGAGAUACCAAAGAUUUUAAAUAUCAAUGGGUAGUUUUCAAAGCUUCAGUGUGAUCUGUCCCAUUCUGUUCACUAAAGUAUUUAUUAUUUGCUAUUUAAUCCCUUGCAAAUACUACAUGGAUUCUUAAUAGAUAUUCCAGUGACUCUUUUAGUUAUUUAUAUCAUACUUCCUUCAAGAUUUACACGUAUUAUUAAUUUAUACUUAGGAAAAUCUACCAAUUUUAAUGUUACUACAUAUACUCUCUUUGUGAUGCACAUCGUUUCCAAUCACAUUUUGUGCAUUAAGCAAACUUAUAACUAUCAAGCAGUGAAAAGUAGAAACCUGUGACUACCCAUAAGCUCCUUGGUGAAAUUCCCCAAUAAGUAUUUAAAUAGAGAGUACGUCAUAUUACAUUUGAAAUAUGUAAUAGAAAAGGCACCACUAUAGGAUUUCAAUAUAAUGAUAUUAUAUUCAUUUUAAUUUACUGGCAUAUUGCAUGGGUAUACUGAUAUUCAGUUAGCGUAAGGCUAGUUUCACUGCCAAAUGCAAAACCAGUUUUCUGAGUGUAUAAAAUAUAUGCAAACAUACAUUAUGUCCAGCUCUAAUUUUGUAUGUAUUAUACAGUGAAAGAAAAAUGGAAUAUAUUUUACAAGAUAAUUGUCUCAGAGAAUCACUUUUGUUUGUGAUCCGGGAACAUGAUUAAAGAACAUGAAUCAUCGCUACAUUCUAUAUUAAUAUGGUCUGGUAAUUUUAUGCUCAAAGUAUCAAUGCAUUAUCAAACAUUUUUUACUAAUUUUCAAAGAAUGUCACUUAUUCUCUCUGAUAAAAGAAACAGUAUAAAAUAAAUGCCACAGAUCUCUUUAAAAUACAAAUUAGCAAUGCUUCAGAAUUUCUGGAUGUACAUUAAAAAUAGUUACAUUUUAUGGAAUGGUACUGCACAGAAUGUCCUAAGAUUUAUUAUCACAUGGAAGUACAUUUUUUUGUAGAAACAAAUGCUGUCACUUAUUAAAAAUUAUUAUUUGAAUAUAAUCCAAAAGAUUAUGUAGUUUUUUUAUGAUGGCAAUAAUUUCUUGGGACUUUCUGAAUGGUGUUAACAAAAUUUUAACAAUAACAUAUCAGGCUAAAAAUAUAAACAAAAGCAGAAUGUAAUGUUUAUUAGUUAACAGGAACAUUUCACAAAUGUGUAAUUUAUUUAAAUCCAGAUAUCUUGGGUAAGAAGAUAUUCAUUACAAGAAUACACAAACUAGUACAUUAAUUGACAAGUUUGCAAUCUAUUUCCAUUCCUAUUUUGUUUAAUGUUUUGCAAGCAUAAUCAUUCAAAUUGUGGAUUCGCAUAAUCAAAAUAAAAUGUUUCAAU